AUGAGCCAAGACUACUUCAACGGCAAGGGCAAGUCGCCCGUGGGACGACCCGACGACGAGUCCUCGAAUCCCGAUGACGUCGCGGAUCAGUUCAACGGCAACGCGAAGCCGCCCGCGUACAUGACUGUCGGGAGUGGCUCAACCUCCAAGCAUGCAGCCCACCUGCAAGAGCUCCUCGAACGCGAUUCUGGCUACGGCGGCUCCGUUGCCAGCGGCGCCAUUGGCAAUGCCCUCCUGCCCGGUUCUCCAGCCUGGGACUCCGCGACACAUGCCGACACUCCCACCUCAGCCGGCUUCGAUCGUCGCAUGCAGCCGAGCGCCGUGCACCAGCUCUGGUACAACCAACACCGUGGGGCUCUAAACCGUGCCAUCAACAGAGUCAUCGAUCUUCUCAAAGAGCUUCAACAGGAGAAUGUGAAAUGGCCCGCCCACUACCCUUCCGUUCAGCGCGCCGAAUCCGAGAUCACGCCCGCGUCGCCACCGAGGCCCAAAUACCAACAAACCUUCUCCCACCUCGACGAUUUCACCAGCGCAUCGUCUUCCGCUGCACCACCACCGUUGAAGCGUGCCGCCACAUGGGGAGAGGAUCCUGCGGCCGCCGAGUCGAGCAGGGCGGCUGAGAGGCGCCCGGCUGUAGAGCCUAGGCUGGUCACUCCUCAGAUCGCUCAAGAGUUUUCUGUGUUGAAACUGGACCUCAAAUUGGGUGCUCUCCACCAGACACAAUUAGUUCACUCCCUGGAGAAAGGUUCCAUCGCUGCCCUGCUAGACGGCAAGAUCAGCUCCAGCAUCAAGCACCUAUUGAACCUGCGAGAACGAAUUGAAGAUACGGCCAGCAAAGUUCUGGUAACCGGUGAUCUGAACGCUGGAAAGUCGACCUUUUGCAACGCUUUGUUGAGGAGGAAGGUUCUUCCCGAGGACCAGCAGCCCUGCACGAGCAUAUUCUGCGAGGUUUUGGAUGCCCGGGAGAACUCAGGCAUCGAGGAGGUCCACGCAGUCCACAAGGAUGCUACCUACGAUCGAAACGACGAGACCACAUACGACGUCUACUCCUUGUACGAGCUCGAGAAGAUUGUUAUCGACAACGACACGUACUUGAUGUGCAAAGUCUACGUCAAGGAUGUCCGAACUAUCGACGAGUCACUGCUCAACAACGGUGUAGUGGACAUUGCUCUCAUCGACGCGCCUGGCCUUAAUUCCGAUACGACCAAGACCACCGCCGUGUUUGCAAGGCAGGAAGAGAUCGACGUUGUGGUCUUCGUGGUCUCAGCCGCAAAUCACUUUACUCAGUCAGCCAAGGAGUUCUUGUGGGCAGCUGCAGCAGAGAAGGCAUAUCUUUUCAUCGUUGUCAAUGGCUUUGACAUGAUUAGAGAUCAGCAGAGAUGCCAGAAGAUGAUUCUCGAUCAAGUUUCUGGCAUUAGCCCAAGGACAUCCAAAGAAGCACAAGAACUUGUGCACUUUGUGUCAAGUAACGCGAUUCCUGUGGCUCCAUCGCCACCGGGCGGCCCUGAUGGAGGUGGUAAUGGCAGUUCAAGCGGAGGAGGUGGCGGUGAUGAUCCCAGUGACGACCCCAAGGGCAAAGGCAAAGAUAAAGAGAAGCUCCGGGAUUUCCAAAACCUCGAGCAGUCUUUGCGAAGGUUCGUUCUGGAGAAGCGGGCACGGUCAAAGCUGGCACCUGCUAAGCAUUACUUGCUCAACAUUUUGAACGACGUCAACUCCCUGGCCAACGUCAACGCAGAAGUUGCUCAGUCAGAGCUUGAGCGUGUGGGCAAGGAGCUUCGAGAACUUGAGCCUCAACUGGAAGCGAGCAAGAAGGCCCAAAACAAGAUUACCGACGACGUGAACCACACAAUAGACGAGACGUGCGAUGACGUUUACCAACACACACGCAGCAGUCUUAACUUGGCAAUUCUACAUGCCGAUGAAGACCUCGACGUUCCAUACCCCGGACUAUUCCAAGCAUUUGAUUAUGCUGAGAGUCUGAAGGAGGCAAUGUUGCACGGCAUUCAGACUUGCGUCAAUGAUUGCGAGGAGUAUGCGCGUGGCAAGGCUGUUGGUGGCGUCAACGCAAUCAAGCAGCUUGGUAUCUUGCACCUGGGCAACGAGUAUACUGGGCUCAAUUUCCACCCGGACGUCAUGUUCCGGCGCAGACGCGACGUCUUAGCCAAGCAGAUUGACAUCCCGACGGAAUUGUGGGACUUUGUCGACUGGUCGACUCUGAUGCAGCGUCAGGAGAAGGUAGCUGGAACGGGUAUGGCCUUGACGGUGGCCACAGCAGUUGGUACCCAGAUGAUUGGUGGUGUUGGGUGGGCGAACCACGCCUUGAGCGUCGCCCGUGUGAUGGGCAACGACAACCUUCGCCGGAUGAUCAUUCCUGGCAUCGUUGUUGCUGCUGUCGCAGCUGGUGCCUACGUGCUCAGCCAAAUCCCCCAUUCCCUGCCUCACCGCCUUUCAAAUAAGAUCUCUGCCCAAUUGGAGUCGAUAGAGUACGCGCACAACAAUGCCCACCGCAUAUCCGGUUCUGUGCGCAAGGUGCUGCACACGCCCAAGGACCACGUCGUCUUCAACCUCCAGCGGUCGGUGGAGCAGCUCGGCAAGAAGCGCGAGGAGACGCUGAAGGUGAAGAAGGAAAGCAGCGACGCGCUCAAGUACUUCACCAACCUCACGCGGGACAGCGCCCAGCAGCGCUCGAUGGUCGAGGCUGUCGACCUGGACAACCACCCCAAUGGUACGCAAUGA